AUGUAUUCUUUCAUCAAAUCUUGCUCGAAAUGGAUAAAUACAUCAGUCAAACUUCGAGGAAUUGAUGGUGAUUAUACUCUUUCAAUCGUUCUUCAAAACGCUUCCAUUGCUUAUGGUUAUUUUGCAAUUUCAGAUAAAUUUAACCCAUUGUUUUUAGUUCCUAUUAGUAAUUUGAUGGAUCUAGAGUACAACUCUAAUGAUCUACUCAUUAGAUUCCAUGAAUAUGAUGAAAAAGAACUAAUAUUCGAAUUUUCAAAUUCAAAUGAUUUAGAAAUCUUUGUCUCUCAAUUUACAAUUUGCUCGAAACUUACCACAGACAUCAAUAAUCGCUUCUCGAAUGAGAACGCUACAUUUAUGAAGUCAAUAACGAAGCAAGUCUCUCCUUCUAACUUAACACGCGGAACGGUAGACAUUGCAUCUAUUCUACUUCCGUUAGAUACAGUUCACUCUCAAAAAACGUGGGAACAGAGAAUAAUUAAAUGCAAUAUUCCAUAUUACACAGAAAUCUAUGGAUUUAACUUCGGCUUCCUCACAUACAACGUCGGAACGAAGGAUGGAAACGAUGACGUUGUUUCCUUUUUAGCUGCCAUCUUCUCAGGACCGAGAGUUGAUGCUUUGUUUAUUGCUCUCGAAGAAAUUAAUUACGGAACAGAAUCUAUCGUCAUCGGUUCAACAGCAGCCAAAGGCGAAUGGCUAAAGACAUUCAGAAAAGUCAUGACAUUAACACAACUCGAUUACGCUCUACUAAAAUGUGAAUCUCUUGGUGGAGUUUUCACAGCCGUAUUCAUACGUCCUUCUUUCCCACACUACUUCGCAGUAGAACAGCCACAGCAACUGCGUCUCGGUGUUGCAGGAAUUUUGGCCAAUAAAAGUGCAUUGAUUUAUCAUAUGAUUAUAUCAAGAGCAUCAUUUUACGUUGUUGGCUGCCACUUAGCUCCACAUACAGGAAAUAAUAAGGAAAGAUUGGCUCAGAUCGAAUUAAUCCUUAAACAAAUUCCGGAAUGUGAUUAUAUUAUUAUUCUCGGUGAUAUGAACUUCAGAAUACUUCUUCCAUACAAAAAUGCUGUUGAAUUUGCCAACGAGCACAAGAUUUCAGAGUUAUUGGAAACAGAUCAACUGAAAGCCGGAUUAAAUUUCACAGAUAUCUUAACAGGGUUCGAAGAAGGACCAAUAACAUUCCCACCGACAUACAAGUUCGAUGUAGGUACAAAUACAUACGAUACUGGUCCAAAACAUCGUGCUCCGGCUUAUACUGAUCGUGUUAUCGUAAAAACAUCAGAUCGCCGCUCAAAAGUUGGUCCAUCACCAAAGAUGAUUUUUGAAACAGAUCUUUUGAGGACAAAAGUCCAAAACAUCAAAUUUAUUACAGAAGAUAAUUUUGGAACCGAUGACCAUCCUAUUAAUUACCCUUCAAAACCAGAAUGUUUGACAUAUACAUCACUCCAAGCAAAGAUUUCCGAUCACAGACCAGUUUUUGCCCUAUGGAAGUUCCAAGUUCCAGUCAUCAAUACAGAAAAGUAUAAACAGUUGAAGGAUUUGAUGCAGAAGAAGAAAGAAGAGGCGAAAUUAUUCGCUAAACCAAUAGUUCAACAUGAAAUCAAAGAUAACGUUCUUGAAAUUAAGAACAUCGGAUGCUGCUGGGCAAUUUGGUCUGCAGACUGCCAAAAUGUAAGACUUAACCGUACUAGUGGCAUCAUUUAUCCAACACAAAGUGAAAUGAUUCGUUUUGAAAAGCAAAUUCCAGAUGAUUCAGGAAGUAUCAAAUUAUCUUUUGAAAGAGGAUCACCCAUCGAAAUUAAUGUUUAA